AUGGCACCACGGACGUUCCUAGUGACUGGCACGUCCAGCGGUUUCGGCAACAAUUUGGUCCAGGAGAUCCUCUCCCAGGGCGAUAACGUCGUUGCAACCUCCCGGGACGUGACACAGCUGAACUUUGCCAACUCCAUGUCGGACAACUUCUUAGCGGUUCCCUUAGACGUCACCGAUCCGGCCUCCGUCGAGAACGCCUUCAAGCAGGCUGUGUCCUUUUUUGGCCGCAUCGACGUCGUGGUCAACAACGCUGGCUUCGGCCUCUGCGGGCCCAUGGAGGAGCUCGACAACGAGCAGAUUCGUCAGCAAAUGGAGGUGAAUUUCUUUGGAUGCCUCAACGUCACGAGAACAGCCGUCCGGGUGAUGCGCGAACAGACGCCAAGCGGCGGGUUGAUCCAGCAGAUCUCCAGUAUGGCGGGGUUGAAGGGCAUGCCCACGUUCAGUGUAUACUGUGCGACAAAAUGGGCGCUGGAGGGAUUUUCGGAAGCAGUUGCUGCUGAAAUGAAACCAGAAUGGGGCGUCAGGUUCAUGAUCGUCGAGCCCGGAGGCUUCCGCACGAACUGGGCCGGGCCAUCGAUGAGCUUCCCAAAGUUGCGACUUGCAGCUUAUGACCAUCUCGACGCUAAGGAGAGGAUGCGGAAACGGCAUGGCACUCAGGUUGGUGAUCCUGUCAAAGCUGGCAAGGCGUUAUACAAAUUAGCCGUGAUGGAGAACCCACCGUCGAGGGUUACUCUGGGAUCCGAUGCAUAUCAAGUUGCCAUGGGAAAGCUGGAGGAGUAUCAGUCGUAUACAGCGUUGAAGGACUUCUCCCACAGCACGGACAUUGACAACGAGCAAUGA